GCGGUGGGAACGCGGGGCUCGCUGCCGCUUGAGUUGUUAGGAGGGGUGGGGUCCUGAACAUGGCGGACCUCGGCUUUUCCGACGGUGAUCCGACCGUACGCACGCUGUUGCGGCGCGUGCUGGAGACAGCAGAUUCGCGCACUCCGAGGAGACGUCGGAGCACUCAAACCAAUGCACAAAGAAGACAGUCUCGACAGUCUCAAACACCGUACUCUACCAGGCAGGGCAGCCAAACAAAGACAAGUGCUAGAAAGCAAUCCCGAGUAACCAGGUCAGUUGGCAGAUCGACUCGUGUUCAAGGUCGUGGGCACUUGGAGGAACAGACACCCCGGACUCUGCUGAGGAAUAUCUUACUAACUGCCCCAGAAUCUUCCACUGUGAUGCCAGACCCAGUGGUAAAGCCAGCACAAGUACCAGAAGUGCCCCAGUCCUCCAGACGGGAAAGCAGUUGGGGAAGCCUGGAGCUACACCUUCCUGACCUGGAGCCCCCCUCAACCCUGGCUCCAGGUCUAACAGUACCCGGCAAAAGGAAGCAAAAGCUGAGGUUGUCAGUAUUUCAGCAGGAAGUGAACCAGGGCUUGCCUCUCUCCCAAGAGCCACGUGAGAGUGCUGAUAUUUCGUCCUUGGCCAGCUCCUUCAACCUCACCUUUGCUCCACCUGGUCAGCCAGAGACAGUGGAGAGACCUGGUCUGGCUCGAAGACGUCCCAUCCGCCGGCUUGUGAAUGCUAGUGCCUUUUUGCAGGAUCUGGAAGACAAUUCCUUAACCUCUGCUCCUCCAGGUGACAGUCAGAGAACACCUGGUGCUGCUCCACUGAUGGAUGUAGGCUUGGAAGACGACGACACACAGCCUUUCUCACAGCCCUUGGCUGACUCUUCCCUUAGUGGGAAACACUCUCUGCCCAAGCCUUCUCGCCCUGAAGUUGAAGAUACUGAAAGAGUUGUGGGCCCAGGGACACCAAGCUCUGGGACCAGGCUGCAGAACCAGAUGAGCAGAACUGCCUCUGCUGCCUCUCCUUUACCCUUCCUGGAGCCACAGCCACAGCCUGAAAAACUGAGAGAAGCAGUGGGAUCCAACGAGGCUGCGGAGCGCAAGGAUGGAGAAGGAUCUUCAGGGCAUGAGGAAACUUGUGUUAGGCCAGCAAGUGGAGAAUUAUCCUCCAGCGCCCACGACUCACUCCCAGCUGAACAGCCACGUCAGUUACAUGAACCACCCCCGUCACCUGGAGCUGCAGUCCUAUCUUCAGAGCCCCUGGAGUCUGUGACAGCCAAGUGCCCAUCCAGGACCGGAACUGCAGGUCCUAGGCACCGCCAUGACCCCCACAAGGCUGGACUGAGCCACUAUGUGAAGCUCUUCAGCUUCUAUACUAAGAUGCCUGUGGAGAAGAGGGCUCUUGAGAUAGUAGAGAAGUGCCUAGACAAGUAUUUCCAGCACCUUUGCAAUGACCUGGAGGUAUUUGCUGCUCAUGCUGGCCGUAAGAUUGUGAAGCCAAAGGACUUAUUGCUGCUGAUGCGACGGCAGGGACUGGUGACUGAUCAAAUCUCUCUGCACGUGCUCGUGGAGCGGUACCUGCCCUUGGAGUACCGGCAACAACUUAUCCCCUGUGCAUUCAGUGGCAAUUCUGUCUUCCCUGCACAGUAGGACCAGGCCUUCCCUGGCACCUACUCUCUCUACCUUGGAAAUCUUGAACCCUACACAAUCAUGAAGGGUCCCUCAUCUAGCACCAAGAAAGUCUCACAAAUGGAUUCUUCUGCUUUGUGGUGCCUGCCCAGAUUGCCUUCCCACGGCCUGAAAAAGAAUAUGAAUUAAAGAAUUUUAUACU